AUGGUUCCAAGAUUGGCCCUUGCGUGCUAUGUGGAAGAUGCAGAUGGCGGCAAGCGGCUGUGGGUGGCGCGGCGCAGCAGCACCAAGCAGACCUGGCCUGGCAAGCUUGACCACAUAGUGGCCGGCGGGCAGCCGUUUGGCCUGAGCUGUCGGGAAAACGUCGUGAAGGAGUGUGGGGAGGAGGCCAGCAUUCCCCAGGAGCUGGCCUCGCAGGCCGUCGCGACGGGCUUUGUGAGCUAUGUUUCAAUACUCCCCGAGGGCCUCAAACCGGACGUGCUUUUCACGUACGACCUGAAGCUGCCGCCCGAUUUCGUCCCGAAGCCGCAGGAUGGGGAGGUCGAGGAGUUCAUGCUGUGGGACCUGCCAAAAGUGGCUGACGUCAUCGCGCACACGGAUGACUACAAGCCCAACUGCGGUGUCGUAGUCAUGGACUUCCUG